GAAAGAAACACCGUUUGAACCAAAGAAGAAGAGGACUGUGCGUUGUGUAUUUCCGGUGAGCGAAAAUGGCUCAAGGUUCGCAGAAGUUUAAAGCUCAGCGGCCAGGAGCCUCCAAGAAACACCAAACAAACAAACAGAAAGGACCGAAGAAAGGAGGGAGGACCAUUGCGCCUAAGAAGGCUCAAGUGGUUGAGCAGCAGAAGCUGAAGAAGGGUCUAGAGGUUGCGAUCAGGAACAAGAUUGAGCAGGAGGUGACCCAGAAGUUGAGCUUAUCCCUCCACAAACCACUGAGUGUGGUUAAAGGGGCUGAACGUAAAGGCAACCCAGGAGCAGCCCGUCCAGAAACCAGCUCCAAAUAGGACCUGAUACACAGCUGCACACCUACAGAGCUGAGGCUGAAUGUGCUAAACCUAAGGACCCACUUUGACCUGAUAUGACCCAGAUUUAAGAUGCACGCCAGCUCUCCUAUUAUUUUUAAUUCCUGAAUGUCUCAGUUGCCUUCAGGUAUACGGAAAUCGUCAGUCAUUCUUGUACAGAUGUCAAUUAAUAAUUUUUCAGUUUACAAAAAAUGAUAUAAAAUAAGAGAACAGUCACUCUGGAUAUGAUUUGCGCCCCUGGCUGCUUGCCAUCGUGUUUGAUGUGGUAUUUGAUUAAAUACAGGGGCCUUACAUGGUGAACACGUACUGGGUGUCUUUGUGUUCCUUGCUUAAGAAAACUGACUGCAAACGGAUUGCAAUCCUGGCUAAUGAAGGUGUAAAUGGUAUCAGUUAACUGCAUCACUUCCAAUUCAGCAUUGAGUAUGCUGACAUGUAAGGAGCAUUGUCCAUAAUGAUCAUUGAUCACUGGAAAUUUGGCCAUAAAAAAAGUCCAAUGGAAAGCAUUCAACUUAAAUAUAAUUCUUCUGCCUGUCACUGCCAAAAUUCCUUUCAGAUAUAAACUUUGUGGGUAUAAAUUCCAGCGAUCACUGAUCAUUUAAUCCACACGUUCUUCUUCCUUGUCGAGAUA